UUACCUCUCAGCAUUUGUUAUAAGCUAAAGAGGUGGCCAGGGCUGGUAUCCUAACAGCGCCUACAAAAAGCUAUUCAUGAUGUCAGACUAUAAUUGGUUUGAAAGAAUACCUUUUCUUAACAUAGGAUUUUAUAAAGAAAUUGUGGAAGAUAUUCGUAAUAAAUUUGUGGUAAAAGAAGAAGACUUGAUCAUAUUGACUUACCCAAAGUCAGGAACAAACUGGCUGGCUGAGAUUGUCUGCUUGAUUCAAACUAAGGGAGAUCCCAGGCGGAUCCAAUCUAUGCCCAACUGGGAUCGUGUCCCCUGGCUAGAGUCUAAGAAAGGAUAUCCUGUAUUAAUACAUAAGGAAGAACCACGACUCAUGAAAUCCCAUCUUCCCAUCCAUCUUUUCUCCAAGUCUCUCUUCAGUUCCAAGGCCAAGGUUAUCUAUCUCAUCAGAAAUCCCAGAGAUGUUCUUGUUUCUGGUUAUUUUUUCUGGGGUAAGGCAAAUUUUGUGAAGAAUCCAGAGUCACUGGAGACUUAUUUUGAAUGGUUUCUCAAAGGCAAUGUUCCAUAUGGAUCAUGGUUUGAGCAUAUCCGUGGCUGGCUGUCCAUGAGAGAAUGGGACAACUUCAUGGUGCUAUACUAUGAAGAGAUGAAAAAGGAUACAAAGGGAACAAUAAAGAAGAUCUGUGAGUUCCUAGAGAAAAAAUUAGGGCCAGAUGAGCUGGAUCUGGUCCUCAAGUACAGCUCCUUUCAAGUGAUGAAAGAAAACAACAUGUCCAAUUUUAGUCUCAUUGAAAAAGAUUUGUUUCCUAAUGGCAUAGACCUCAUGCGAAAAGGCACAACUGGUGACUGGAAGAAUCACUUCACAGUAGCCCAAGCUGAAGCCUUCAAUAAAGUAUUCCAGGAUAAAAUGGCCGGUUUCCCUCCAGGGAUGUUCCCAUGGGAAUAAGUUUUCAAAAUUUUAAAUAUUAUAUAAACACUGAUGUUUAUGUUGUUCUAUAUGUGAAUAACUGAAUGUGGUCAUAGAAUAAAUCCUGUUGUGGAA